CUUUCGUCGAUCGUCUCAAUUUAAGUGUCUUACUUUUACUAACUCUUGUUUUUCAAGUCGACAACAAGUUUAUCUUUAUUUCUUAAACUCCGUGCUCGGAGGGAGUAUAUAAUACAACUAUAUACAAGUACUUGUUUGAAUGAAUACUUUGCAAUGCAUAGGUUACUAGUGUUCAACAUUUCUUGAUCAUUGAUUUUUGUGAACUUUAUAGCUAAAAUGGUUUCAAAAGAGUCACCCCCACCUUCACACUCAAGCAUUUUACAUCAAUUUAUAAACUCAGACUCCAUCAUGACUAGUCAAAUUGGUAGCCAACAUUUUGACAUGUAUCAAUCUGAUACUACUACUGCCUAUCAGCCUCAUGGUGGACUGUCCAGAUCCAUAGAGUUUGUUAAUCAUCCUGAUUUUACUACUGAUUCACAUGAUGUUAAUCAUAGUAGACAUUUGAUGGAUCUUCUUGGAGCUUCACAUGAUGCUAAUACUAACCAACAAGCACAAAGACUCUCACUUUCUUUAGGUUCACAUUCACUUGUUUCAACUUUUACUAAUAAUCCUAGUUAUAUGAACCAAGAAAUUGAUCAAAGGAACAAUGAGUUUUCCUUUUCUGCAGCUGCAAUGAAUCAAUCUUUUUCGAAUGUUUGUGGAACUGAAUCUUUUGUUUCUGCUAUUGGUAACUCAAAGUACUUGAAACCAACUCAGUCCCUCUUGGAGGAAUUGGUUUGUAUUGGUGGCAAGACUAUUGAUUCAAGUAAUGAGAAGUUUAUUAGGCGAUUAUCGCGUAAUAGCAAGAAAGGAUCUUUAAGCCUUCGCGCUAUGUUGAAAGGAGAAAUCCCACCAAGCAAUGAAUUGUUCAAUGAAAGACAUGAACUUUAUGUUAAAAUCAUGAAGCUCAUAGCCUUGUUGGAGGAGGUGGAAAGGAGAUAUGAGCAAUAUUAUCAACAUAUGGAAGAAGUUACUUCAACAUUUGAGGUAAUAGCAGGGUUUGGAGCAGGAAAGGCUUACACAGCACUUGCACUUCAAGCAAUGUCUAGACAUUUUUGCUGUUUAAGAGAUUCCAUCAUAGCUCAAAUUAAUGUCAUUAGACAAAAAAUGCCACGAGACGUUCCGAAAAUCAGUAGUGGCUUGUCACAUUUGAGUCUUUUUGAGAAAGAAACUCUGCAGAACAGAAUAUCUCUUCAGCAACUUGGAAUCAUUCAAAGUAAUCGACAAGCUUGGCGACCAAUUAGAGGAUUGCCAGAGACAUCAGUGGCAAUUCUUCGCUCUUGGCUAUUCGAACACUUUCUCCAUCCAUAUCCAAAUGACUCUGAAAAGCUUAUGUUAUCAUCUCAAACAGGCUUAUCAAAAAAUCAGGUUUCCAACUGGUUUAUCAACGCGCGAGUUAGGCUAUGGAAGCCUAUGAUUGAGGAAAUGUAUAAGGAAGAAUUUGCAGAAUCUUCAGUUGAAUCAGAUAAUUUGUUGAACAGAGAAGCUGUUACUGAUUCUGCAGAAGAAUGAAGGGUUGAAGUGAGAAGAAUGAAGAAUACAUUUUAUUUGAUGUAAAAGUUGAAGAAGUACAAGUUAGGUGACAAUUGGAAACAUGUUACAAAAAACAAACAAAUGUAGCUUGAAAUGGAAGGCAUUUCAUGUACUUUUUAGUACUUGAUGAUGUUAAGAAAUAGUAAUAGUUUCUGAGUGUAAUGCUUUUUACUAUAUGGUCUGAAAUUUUUAUGUUUAGCAUAUAUAUAGCCUUUAUGUGGUAGCUUUAUUUCACGUUAAAA